ACGCUUGUGCUGAAGGUGCCGUAGCGUGUUGCGUAUCGUCAAAGCCGCGCUGAUCUGCAGUUCCAUGUUGUGCCAGAAAUCUUUAGACACAGUUCAUUGAAUUAAGUUACGUAAAUGGGCGUGACCGAGCAAGUCUAGAAUGAGAUUGAUACUGAUUCUGGUUGUUAUUGGCGUUCAGAGUGUGCCUUUUGGCGUUACUGCGAGCGCCGAGAGGGUAUUCGAGCUCGCCAUCGGUUUGCCGUCUGAAUCUGCUGACAAUACCACGUCAGUGAGUGACAUACGGGAGGCUUUGAAGAGAGCACUAGAAGAUGUAAACGCUCGUCGCGGACACUCUGGCGUUCGUCUUCACAGUAACUUUACUCUGACUGCUUGCAUUCUCGAAAACGUGGAUUCUCCGGCGCAGGCAUUCGGUGCACUAUUUUCUUGUCUAACGACUGGCUCGCCGAAGUCGUCGAUUGCAGCCAUCGCGCCCUUCUACCCUAGCCACGUUCCAGCGCUAGCCGCUACUACAAUCAACGACAUUCCAUUGGUGUCUCCUGUUUUGUCUCGCGCCAAUGUGAGUGACUAUCUGUUUCAAUCAACGGAGCAUUUCGUCAGCAUGUUUUAUCACAAUCUGUUUCGAGGCUUUGAACUUGUUGAUGGCAGCAUACUCGACCGUUACAAGUGGAAGGAUCUGGCUAUUUUGGUCUCCAACACUUCUGAGGCUACUGAAGCGGUCUUACAGCUAAAAAAUUUUAACGGCUUGAUUAACUAUACUAUUGUCAAGGAAGAAAUUAUUGCUCCAAUUUCGGAUAAGAAUGCUACGUUUAGCAGUUCGAUAAAGAGGGCAAUUGAUGGCAUAAAAGACAGCGGAGUGACAAUUAUUGUUACGUCACUGGAGGCUCGUGUUGAGGUGUAUCAUGCAGUAUUCUCAGAAGCGAACAGGCAGGGAAUAGUGAGGGAAGACUACGCGUGGAUUUGUCUCUCAGUUCCUAGCCAGAGUGUCUUUGAGAGCUCACCGCUUUACCGUGAUACUGUACCUCAUAUGGAAGGUGUACUGGGAACUCAAGUCAACAUGACUGCAGAUGAGAGCUCGUGGAACGUGAGUCAAGCUAUACUGAAAAACCCCCUGAUGGCCAAUACGUACGAUUCAGUGUGGAGCGUUGCUUUAGCUAUCGACGCCAGUCUUCGCCAAAAUGUUACUCUAAAUUUCAGCAAACCGGAUGUUUUUAAUUUCAGCUAUCUGCUAGAGAGCAAAAUGCUACUAUACCAACUCAAAUCGGUGCGCUUUGUUGGUGUUUCUGGUCACGUGGCUUUCCAAAAUGAUGGAACACGGGAACCAAGGUUUGACGUUUUCAACAUAGUAAAAAACUCUUCGAAUCACGCACACUUCAACUUCAUUCGAGUCUUCCAAUGGAACCAACUAUCAAAGCUCAUAGAGACGGGACCGACUCCACGAUGGCAUGGCGGUGGGUACUGCGUCCCUGUGGGAAAGCUAGACGCAUGUCGUCGGAAGCUGCGCGUGCUCGUCGCUUCCGAGUAUCGUCCCUACAUUCAAUAUCACUCGAACCGACAAGGAAACGAGAGGUUUUCCGGCUGGGCUGUCGACGUGUUUAAGUAUGUGAUAAAGGGAUGCGUGGAGAACUAUGAGUUGGAGAGGCAUAAUGGCACGUGGAUAAAGAUGCUUACAUCACUCAGUCAACAAAACAGCACAUACGACAUGGCAAUAGCCCCCCUUCCAUUCUAUAUGCUAAAAUUAACACAUUUUGGUGUCACUUUUACAAAAAAUAUUGGCACGUUUACGAUUCGAGCUCUCGUCACUCAAGGGAAAGAUCCGUUUCAAGGAUUCGAUCGGGUUCUUGAUCCUUUCUCGACCGUCGUUUGGAUAUGCAUUUUUGUCUUUUUCGUGUUAGCCGGCAUCGUUAUGUAUCUCCUAGAAAGGAAGAGAGACGAGUUCCCGGAGGGGGCCCCCGGGUUGUGGGAUUCCAUAUUCUACUCUUUCUCGACUCUUAGCUACACACAAGAUCUCGAUGCCGCAAUAACGCUGCCUGGGCGCGUUUUUGUUCUCGUCAUUUGUUUUGCCGUUCUUAUUCUUACGUCGUGCUUCACGGCUAAUCUCACGGUUUCUAUCCUACAGACGAACAAUCUGGCAUUCACGACGUUCACAGAACUGAAACAACAGAAGGUUGGCGUCCUAUCCGUACAUGCGUUAGGCAGCUACUUGACGGGAAAGACCGGAUUUACCUUUACAUUCAAUAAAACAAAUAUUAUUAGUUUUCCAGACACAGCUCAAGUUGACGCUGCACUACGCAACGGCACCAUUUCAGCGUUCCUCGACGACGAGGGUGUCGUGAGUGUACUGCAAAGCGAAGACGCAUCAUGUCAACUUGCCACGGUAAAAGCCACGCUGAAAGACGUUCAUGUCGGAUUCGCUUUACGAAGCACCGCCCUUAGUGAGAUUCACAAAGAUCUAAUAAACUUUUUUGACUCGCGAAUUUUAACAGCUUGGGACGAUGGUUACUUCGAAGAGCUGGAGGAGCGUUACUUUCCGGUAGGAAGACAACACAUCAACUGCCAAGAGGGCAGUCUCAGUGGUAACAAUAGAGCACUUAAUCUAUUGGAUAUGGGAGGUAUUUUCUUGGUUCUUUUUGCAAUCGCCUGUGUAUGUCUGCUAGGCAAUGCCGGACUGAUAAUGCUACGUAAACAUGGUUGCAUAAGGUAUGAUCUAGAUCACAGCAAGCCUGGAGUGUUUGCUACAGGCCAGCUAAUCAAACGAGCUAUUGACACGGUUACAGCUACAAGUUCAAUGGCGUCUAUUCAAGCUGGCAGGACAAGAAAUCUCUUGACGGAUGGUGUUUUACGCAACGGUCAUGUUAUCGGAUCAGGGUUUUCAACAGCGCAAGAUGGUGGUCUGGUUUACGGUAUGGACUGUCAACGACUCGAUGUUCGCACUAGACAAUUGCCUCCAUUGGCGAAAGAUGAAUACAAAGACAAAAUGGAAAUGGCAUUUGGCGGAGAUAGAAACGAACCUCUACCUGAAAUACAGACAUAAUAAGCAGUAAACUCUUUUAGUCAUAAAAGCAAGAAAACAGUUCAGUGUUGAGUAAAUGACCGUGACAGUGUUAAGUGUACGCUUCGCGGUACGGUUAGAUACGCUCUUUCGCGUUUGUGUGGCCGUCGUACAUAUUGUGAUGUGACUCUAUGCGUACAUAGUGCUAGCAAUCUUGUUUAAUUUAGAGCCGUAGAAAUAAAGGUAUAUAAAUAUUUUAUGAAGGUGGGAUA